UCAUGAAGUAUUAUUCGCAGGGGCGAGGAAGGAUUUGUUGGUCGUUAAAGCGAAGUUACCUAUUCUGAAUCACUCCUUCUGAAAAUCAGAAAAUUGCUAAUCUUACCAGGUUUAAUCUAAUACAGUGAUUGUGGAUUGAAGGGAGUCUUUACAUUGUGGGGGAAACUUUUGCACAGCUCUGCUCGCGAAAGCACUUCAACAAAGGACAUGGCGACUUAGCUAAUGUAAUUCGUAUUCAGAGACAAACAUGAGUACUGCCAAGAGAAAAAAGCGUAGCUCAAGCUUGAAAGGAUCGCUGAACCCUUCAAAGCGUCACCGAGAUAGAUUCAAUGUUGAACUUGACAAUUUGGCCAAGCUCCUUCCCUUCCCAAACGAUGUCAUUCAAAAACUUGACAAACUGUCUAUUCUGAGACUUUCUGCCAGCUACCUCAGAGCUAAGAACUUCUUCAAAGAGCAACAUUGGACAGACAGUUCAGAACAAACAGCAAAGAAAGCUCUUGCCAGGCCAAACGAGUUCACAUUUGAAGGGAAUGGAGUUUUUUCUAAACUUCUUCUUGAGGCUUUGGAUGGAUUUGUUAUUGUCCUAACUCAAGAUUUUGAGUUGUUUUAUGCCUCAGAGACAAUUCAAGAUUAUCUUGGACUAUCACAGGCUAGUGUCAUUCAUCAGGACUUUAUGAGAUUCAUUCAUGUAGAUGAUCACGAACUGAUCAAGAAAAACCUCCAGCCUCAUCUAGAAGAAGAAAAGAAAAUCAAGAUUUUAGAUGAUGAAAAUGAUGGUGAUCCUUCAAAGCCUUCAAAAUCAAAAGAUGAAGAUACAGUUUCAGAAACUGAAUCCCUUUCCAAGGAAAUCCACACAGAACGGUCAUUCAUUUGCCGGAUGAAAUGCAUCUUAAAUACCAGUGCUGGUUUCUUUAAGCCAUUCAAGUGCAAUGGCCGCCUGAGAGAAAUGACUUUGCCAGAAAAGGAUAAAAAAGAAUAUGGCCUUUUCCURAUAUGUACACCAAUGGAAACGAUGACCAAUUCCAUUCUUGAGAUUCGUCUAAAAACAUCGCUGUUUUGUAGUAAAAAUCGAAUGGAUUUGAGUUUUGUGGACAUUGACCAAAAGGGUCGAGCACUUCUUGGUUAUCAUAAACGUGAUAUUGCUUUGCAGUCCAGUUACUGCAUGAUUCAUUUUGAAGAUAUUGUAGUGCUGAAGCAGCUCCAUGUAGACUUAAUGGCAACAGGAAAAUGUCAGGGCACUUUCCGUCUUCUGAAUAAAAAUAUGAAGUGGCAGUGGUUAACAGGAACAGCACAAGUUGUUUUCAAAGGAAARGAAGCUGAUUUUGUAAUCACUACAAACCGGCCCUUAAGUGAUGAAGAAGGCGAAGAAGUAUUGCGACAACGAGGUCAGCACGCUGCUGCAUUGCCUUUUGUUACAAACGAUGGUAAUGCUAGCCCAAAAGAUCCCAGAUUCCAGCAUAUGUUUGAUAAAAGCAAYGGAGGGCAACAGGACUUUAAGUUUCCUGGAGUCCCUCCAAAGUUCUUUCCUGGUAACAAAAAAGUUCCUGACAUGCCUGGAAAUGGUGUUCACCCYCCUCAGCAUUGUUAUAACCGAGGUCCGGCAACAUCUCCUACAGAUGGAUCCCUAUCACCACAAGCUAAUUUAUCCUCAUUUCCCGAAGAUGGUUUUAGCUCUACUGCUUGUACUUCUGCACCUGCUUCCCCUGACGACCUAGAUCUAGGUGUAGAUUUGCAAGAUGAACUCAUGACAGACCCUCCCGACCUCACAUUUUUGUCGCAAGAUUUUCCGUUGAAUGAGCCAGAUUCUGUAUUCUUCGAUCCAAACAAAGAUAAUGACCUGAUCGAUCAUAUGUCGCAACUGGUGAUGGAACCCAAUCCUUUAGGAGAAUUACCAACUUUAGAAGAAACUAUUGCAUUAGUGCAAGAUGUGAUUUCCAAUGGAAGCCAAUCAAACACAGCUUCUAUGACGAGUCCAGAUGGGAGCUUUAUGUCUUCUCAUACGCCUCCUCAUGUUAUUUGUGACCCGUUCUCUCCGACAUCUUCAAUGGGUCAGCCUUCCCCCUUUUUAUCGCCGGCAAACUCCCAAGUUAGUGRGCCCUCUAUGCCGUCUCCAAGUGGUGUGCCCACACCAGACCCUUCUCCCGUUGGAAGACGUGACGGAGAACAGGCAAGGGUAAAUAUAUCUUGGCAGGGAGUUUCCCAUCCGCAGAACAAUCUUCAAAACGGUCCACCUUAUGGUUCGUGUUCACCUAAUUAUCCAUUAAAUAGACCCAAUGGAAACGUCAUGUCGUCGAAAUCUGCUUAUUUAGCGUCUGUCAAAAAAAGGGAACGAGAGGGGUACCAAAGCUGCGUAGGAAAUCCUCCGGCACAAGGAUGGCCUCGAAUGCAGCAGCCCUAUAACCCAUCGACUCAAGCAAAUAUGAACUCUUAUCAGAAUUGGAACAGCGGAAGCUGUCGACCUUUGAGCCACAUGCAAGAYGGUAGUAACUACCCGUCAAUGGUUCAGAAUAAUGACCCGACGUGGGGUCAACCAAAUCAUGCUGUUCCGCCAUUUGAAGACACUUUACCGAACUUAGAUUARCCUAGAACAAAUAUUCUCUCUCCGCCCUAUCAGGACGAUGGGAUGGCGGGAUACAGUUAUCCUAACAAUCAUGUUCCUGUAACUACUAUGCCAUCGACGAAGUUGGGUGGCUGGUGAAAYCAAAGCGACUGCRUCGAUCAUUGUUAAGAAGAUUYAAUCGAAGAUGGUACAUUUGUGAGUCAUCUCGCUCGCCCGCUAUGGAUGUGUAUUGAUGAACAUCCUACUCGAAACUCUGUUACCAAAAAGUUGUCCCCAUGAUUUUAUUUUCAAAAGCUAGUUUCUUUUAUCGAAGAGAAGUGAAUUUUGGCAAGYGUUGUAUCUGUACCAUCAUAUUGAGACGAGAGGGAUGGACACAAUGKUGAGUACGUUCUUUCACAAAUAGAAGUUGACUGAUUAGUGACAACUUUCAUAAAUGCCAUUACACGAACAAUUUACACGAUGACUUUCAUAAAUCUGGUAAAAUGAUACUAGAUACCUACCUAAGCCAAUGGAAGUUGCUAAUGAAAAGAUGYUUUGAAAUGGCAUAAWACAACAAAUGAAACGGCAAAGCCCUCGAUGAAGAUUCUAUAUYCAUUUUGUAUGCCAAUGCUUCUAAACCUGGUAGUGUUGAAAGUUUUCAUUUUUAAAUUAGUGGAAGGCAUUUAUGAAGGUUGUGUAUACAUAUUUCUUCCCGGACCCUUUCUUCACGUAUGCAUUUUAAAUGCUUACUCAAUAAACGGCGUAUUUACUCCUAUUCCAAAACGGGUCCUGUUUCGAAACCAAACAYCAAAAUAAGCGUUAACAGUCUGAUUGUUUGCUCACUUAAGCGUCUUAGUUWUUCCAUUAGGUACGAUAGUCAGAGGGUGUUUGUGCGGUCCAAUUUUGAACUCUCGAGGGUCUUGUACCAAGAGKCCUACUCUCUCGCAGUGGAAGAUAAUAUAUAUCUGUAAAAUUCUGUGACAAAAUUUUCUUUUCAAAAUGGGAAGGCUAAAUAAUUCUUGCWGAACGAAGCUUAAAAGUUUUCGUAAUAUUUAUAAACGGAAAACAAUUUGGUUURCACUCCCAAAACAAUAAGCUUUGUUUUUGCACAUCACAAGAAUUGCUUUGUCUUUCAAGUUCAUACCGAACGAGAUCCCCAUUGUCUGUCGUGAAGAAAAUAUAGUGAUUUUUAUGAUUAAAUUGAUUUGGACAUGUCAUAGAUUGUGUAUAAUUAUCUGUAUAUAGUGGUUAGAAAAUGUUAUUGUGACUUGAAUGUCUUUAAACGAAUACGACACAUGGAAUAAGGGUGUGUUUCCAUAAGAUCUAGCGACACCUUAGAAAAGUGAAAUAAACCUUGAAGUGAGAAA